AUGAAUUUAAAGAGAUUAGUUGAUCGUAGUAAUGGAAUUCUGCUUGCGAGGGUCUCUUGUAGUGUAAUAGCCAUUACAGGAGAUGCUCAAAAGCCAACGCCAUGGACAUUCCUUUAUAUCGACGACGUAAUGCUCUCGUAUGAAGGCAAGAAUAAAGUGAACUAUGAAGAGCAAACUUUAUCGGACCAUCUGGCAUUGUUGGAACUUAGGAAGAAUGUAAAGCAGAUGCUGUGCAUGAGCGUGGAUUCAAAUGGAGGAGACUCUAGCAAGAUUGACAGAGCUGAGCUUCUGCGUCUUCAGCUAUACAGCGUCCGUAAUCGUGUCUUACGGCAAUCUGGCCUCUGA